CAGAUGCUCCGAGCAUCCCAUCCUCGCACCACGUGAUCGCCUCCCGUGUCCUUCACUAGUUCAUUCAGCAUGAUGGCUGCGGAUGCUGCGGAUGCUCACUGCUGCAUCCUGCAUCCGCACCGGCUCUCUCUGCUCCUCCUCGCCGCCACCCUCUCCUCUCUCCCGGCCCUGACGGCGGCGCUGCUCGGCGUCCGGCCCGAGGACACCCAGAGCGGGGACCUGUCCGUGCAGGACGGGAUCCUGAGGGCGAUCGAGGGGACGCGCUUCAUGCUGAGGGUCUACUACUCCGCGUCCCUGGCCACGGAGCAUCCCGACAGCCUCAACGCCAGCGGCAGACCGGACGCUGCCCCCGCCGCUCCGUGGAUCGCGUUCAUCGAGGAGCCCGGGGGGGACGGCGGCGAUGCGGACCCGCAGAGGAACCCGUGCGAGGAGGAGAACGCCCGGAGCUCCGACAUCGAGCUGCUGGGCUCCUUCAAAUCCACUUCGAGUCACAACUCAGUUUUGGUGGAGCUGCUCGCCAAAGACCUGCGCAGAGACGAGGUCAUCAAGUACUACUCCAUGUGCGCGUUCGACGGGGUGAAAUGGGAGCACUUCAGCACCAGAGACUUUUGGCUGGCGGUGGUGGAGAGACCUCCAGAGGCGGACGUGUGGCUCCAGGCGGGGGUCUCGGUGCUCCUGCUGGGGCUGUCGGCGCUCUGCAGCGGUCUGAACAUCAGCAUGCUGGCCCUGGACCCGGUGGAGCUGCGGGUCCUGCAGAACAGUGGCACCGAGAAAGAGCAGAAGUACGCACGGAAAAUCGAGUCGGUGCGUAAACACGGGAACUACAUCCUUUGCACUGUGGUGCUUGGCAAUGUUCUCACUAACACGUGCUUUGUAGUGUGGAUGUGUCAGAUUUUAGGAAUGACUGCUCUCUCCACUGCCUCGUGCACUUUGGGGAUUUUCUUUAUCGGUGAGAUUUUACCUCACUCCGUGGCUUCCAGGCACAGUCUGGCCAUCGCCUCCAAGACACUCUGUGCCACUCGCCUGCUGAUGUUGGUGUUCUUCCCCAUCGCGUACCCAGUCUCCAAGAUUCUGGACAUCAUGCUGCACCAGGAGAUCAGCAGCUUUUACACCAGAGAGAAGCUGGUGGCCAUGCUGCGUGUCACAGAUCCCUAUCACGACCUGGUCAAAGAGGAGCUCAACAUCAUCCAGGGAGCUCUGGAGCUCCGGACCAAGACCGUGGAGGACGUGCUGACCCCACUCUCAGACUGCUACAUGCUGUCCUCGGACGCCGUCCUGGACUUCUGCACUAUGUCCGAUGUGAUGCAGAGCGGGUUCACGCGCAUCCCGGUCUACGAGAACGAGAGAUCCAACAUCGUGGACAUCCUGUUUGUCAAGGACUUGGCCUUUGUGGAUCCUGAUGACUGCACGCCACUGAAAACAAUCACUCAGUUUUACAAGCAUCCCAUGCACUGCGUCUUCAGUGACACCAAGCUGGAUGUGAUGCUGGAGGAGUUCAAGAGAGGUAAAUCCCACCUGGCCGUGGUGCAGAGGGUGAACAGCGAAGGCGAGGGGGAUCCCUUCUAUGAAGUCAUGGGUAUCGUCACGCUGGAGGACGUCAUCGAGGAGAUCAUCAAAUCCGAGAUCGUGGACGAGACGGAUCUGUACACUGACAAUCGGACCAAAAGACGAGUGUCCAACCAUGAGAGGAAACAGCAGGAUUUCUCCAUUUUCAAACUGGCAGAACAUGAGCUAAAAGUGAAGAUCUCUCCCCAGCUGCUGCUCGCCACCCACCGCUUCCUGGCCACAGAGGUCGAGCCGUUCCGGUCUUGUCACCUGUCGGAGAAGAUCUUGCUGCGUCUCGUCAAGCACCCCAGCGUUGUGCAGGAACUGAAGUUCAACCCCAAGAGCAAACACGCUCCUCAGCACUACCUCUUUCAGAGAAACAAACCUGUGGACUACUUCAUCCUGAUCCUGCAGGGACGGGUGGAGGUGGAGAUCGGAAAGGAGGCGCUCCGGUUCGAGAAUGGAGCCUUUUCCUACUACGGCAUGCCGGCGCUCAUCCCACCCCUGCCUAUCGGUCCGAGGUACAGCUCCCGGAGCAGCGGCCUGAACCAGUCUGACUCUUUACUGAGUGGAGCCAGUGUGGGUCAGCUCUCCACGGGAGGGGGGGUCUAUCUACCCGACUACUCAGUCCGUCAGCUCUCAGACCUGCAGAUCAUCAAGAUCACCAGGAGCCACUACCAGAACGCCAUGAUGGCCACCAGGAUGGACAGCUCCCCUCAGACCCCGGACGCCAUGGAUCCGGACGCCAAAGGGAGACCAGCAGUCCCCGAGGCUCGCUCGCACAGCAUCGCCCUCCCUCUCACGCACACGCACACCCGGCUGGGGCUUGCACGCCUUGCACACCUCCACCCCCACGGUGGCCUUCGCAACACCUCCCAGCUCAACGAGAGGAACCGUAUCGUUCGCAGUAAAUCUGAUGGCCAGAGGAGUCCAAACGAUACAGUUUUCCUUCGCAUGGAUGAGAUUCCCUACAUCCAUGAGGACCGACCAGAGACCUAUGGAGAGAACGAUGUGCCUACAGAGUCUCAGCCGUCCACCUCUCCCUUCAUCAGCUCUCUGUCUCUGUCCAGCUCAGAAGAAAACCUGGGGAAGAAGCUGUUGCGUAAAUUGAGUAAGUGUGCGAUUCGUCACAAGCGCCGAUGUGACAGCUCGCCCACACGUGCCGUCAGAUGUGGAGAAAGUUUUCUCUCCGACAGCGCGGUGCUGGAUGAACAGUAUCUUAGCAACAGGUGAUGUGGGCCGUCUCUCUGAGCGUCCUGCUGCUUCCUCCAGAUGCAGCUGUCCUUGUUA